AAAGUGUAAACUGCCAUGUUUUUAACAUUUCCUUAAAAGUGUUGCCAAUAAGUAUAAUGUUGAAUAGUGUAUGUUAUGAAAUGAAGAAGAAUAACCAAUGAGAAUUAUUGAACCAGUUUCAACAUAUAAAAGCGCUUCGAAAUGAAUCGAAAUACUCUCCGCUUAUAAGAUCGAUAUGUCGAUUUCUCGCUGAGAGACCACUUGUAUAUGUAUAUAAACGUUUCGGAGGUUAAGUGUGCCGUUUCACGUUAUUGCCGGCAGCGUCGGUCAAGUCCGAUUCCGCGAGCGAUCAUGAAGUUUCACUGCAAAGUUGAGAUUCAUGAUAGAACAUUGUCCGUCUGCUCGCAAAAACGAUCGCAGUCGAUCUUGGCGUUGGUGAAAAACUCGCACGACGUCAGUGCCGACGACACGUACCUGUACCUGCAAACGCGGCAAAACAAGCAAGGCAUCAAGUACCGGAUUGUCGACAAUAUAGAACAAGUGUUCACGAGGUUUCUCGCAGACGGCAAAAUAACGAUAAGACUGACGCAGCCCUGUCACGAUCUCAUCAUUCAGAGCAAUACGAUUCAGUUGAAAAACCUCCUUCAUAUACUGAAUCGUCUAAGAGACGCGCCAUCUCGAGACCACAACGUUUUCAUAAAGCAAUAUGCUUUCAAGCCUAACGUGUCCUUCAACUCGAGUGAUUUCUCCCAAGGAAGAGUGAAAGUAGCCGUGAGGAAAAUAUCCGAGUAUCCGAUUUUACAGGGUUUCCCACGAACGACGGAGCACCUCAUUUUAAAAGGACUGAGCAGAAGGUCAUUUGAUCGGCAAAUUUUGUGCCUGCAAAGUUUAAGAAUUCUAGACUUGUCAAACAAUAACAUCUCCUAUUUGCCAAAGGAGCUCGGCACCUUACCCCACCUUCAGCAGCUUCUACUGUCCAACAAUAACCUUGGAAAGUCACCUAGAUCCAAGUGGGCAUGGUUAGAGCAAACUGCCAUUAAGCACAAUUUGUAUUUCUUAGAUAUAAGUGGUAAUUUGUUGACCGAGUUGCCAGUGCAAAUAAAAAAUCUUAAGGCUUUGGGACACCUCAAGGUCAGCCAAAAUGCAUUGACGCAUCUACCACAUAAUAUCAAAGCUUUGAAAAAUCUCAAAAUUUUGGACGUCGCAAGUAAUCAUUUGUCCUAUUUACCGGCGACAAUCACGUACCUGCAACUAGACACUCUAAAUGUUACGGAAAAUCCCUUUACCUAUGACGCUAACAAUCACGUUUAUAGUAAUCAAAGUACAACGGGCGUGAGAGUACCAAGCCUCCUCCAAAUUUCAGCUAAAAGAGUCCUCAAGUCUAGGAUAACGUACGAUGCAAGCACAAUACCGUAUACAUUAGUGGAAUAUUUGGACGAAGCGAAAUGCUGCCACUUGUGCAGAACUGCCUGCUUUGACCACUGUAUAAGGAAAUUCGUGCAUCUACCUCUAUUAUGUGUCGAGAUCAAAAUGUCCAUGUAUACAAAUAUCAAAUUUGAAUCUUAUUUCUGCUCGUUACUAUGCGCCAACAAUUACUCUACGUAGAAUCCAACUGUUUUUCCUAUCAUUUACUUUUACCAUUCUAAUAAUACAAGUUUGUAAUAAAAUUUAUAUCCGUUAGAUGUACCAUCGACAUCAAAACAUCAUUGUUAGAGAUCAAAUAUAAGAAUGAUAUAAUUUU